GGAAUUGGGGAAGGCAGGUGGUCGAAGACAGACCUGAGUGUUCUCCGGUGAGUUGAGCAGAGCGGCUGUGGCCGCCACGUCCCGGUCGGUAUGAGUAUGUACGGGUCCCAGCAGGGCCUGAACAUGGGCCGGAGGGCCGGCUCCAAGGGCGACCUGGCUGGCGGGGGGAACUACCAUUACGCACGAAGCGAGGUGGUGCACGGUGGCGGUAAUGGAUACGACCCCUACAUGGAAGGAUACAAAACCUACACUUUCACAAAGUCCACUGGAAUGGGGGGCGGCAUGGGAAGCGGCACGAUGAGCGGAGUGAUGAGCGGAGCGAUGAGCCAAAUGGCCAGCGGGAUGGAAGGAGGAACGAUGAGCAGAAUGAGUGGCUCUAACUUCGGUGCCAUCAACCAGAGAGCGGCGGCCCUGCAGAGCCAGUGCAACGAGUACCUGAAGAAAGCCGAAUAUGCCAUGCAGGCUGGUAGCGGAGAUUCAGAGUACUACAUGGGGAUGGCCAAAGAUGCCAUCGAGAAGCUGAAAUACUGUGCGAUGGACCUGAGACAAAUGGGACAGCCCAAUGAUAAUGUAGUUAGGAGUUUGGAAAUCUGUAAAGACCAGCUGAAGGGGGUCCACAUGGCCAUGACAAGCUCCAUGCAGAGGAGGAGAAGCACCAGAGGGAGCUCUGGAGGAUGGGAGGAACCUGGAAGGAGCUUCCAAGAUGCUAUGAGCUGGAUUGCACAGCACAAGCGUCUGAUUGAAACAGCUCCCUGGGGAGACGAUCCUGCAGCCAUCGAGCAGCAGCUCAUCAGCCACCAGAAGUUUCACGCCUCCAUCCAGAGGAGCCCUGAAGUGGACCGAGCCAGAGAUGACCUGGCUAAGAAAGGAGACAAAGGAAGUCUUCACGCUCUGGAACAGGAAUGGGACAGUCUACAGCAAAUGUCUUUUGGUCGGACCCAGCAGCUGCGAGACCUCCUGCAUCUCAUUCAGGAAAUAUCCAAAGAGAUUAUGUGGGUGAAUGACAGGGAGGAAGAGGAGCUGAUGUUUGACUGGGGGGACAAGAACAUUGACCAGUACAUCCCCAAGAAGCAGGAGAGCUACUCGAAACUGAUGAGUGCCCUGGAGGAUAAAGAGAUGGAACUGAAUAAACUGAAAACCAAAGUGGAUAACGUCCUGAAGAACAACCACCCGGCCGCAGACAAGAUUGAGGCUUACAAGGACACUUUGCAGACUCAGUGGAGUUGGCUACUUCAAAUUACAAAAUGCAUUGAUGUCCAUCUGAAGGAGAAUGGAGCUUACAGCCAGUUCUUCAAGGAAGCCAAUGAAACAUACAGUGCUCUGCAAAAGGAACAUGAGACGGUUCGCAAGAAGUUCACCUGUGACAAGAACACUUCUCUGGAGAACCUGCUGGACCUCCUCAGAGGCCUGGAGAGGGAAAAGGAGAAGAUUAUGGAAAACAAGAGGCAGGUGCAACACCUGGUCAACAAGUCAAGGAGCAUUGUGAGACUGAAACCCAGAAACCCUAUGGAGAAGAGCAACAACGUCAUCGUCAAGGCCCUGUGUGAUUUCAAACAAGACCAGAAAGUGAUCUGUAAAGACAACGAGGCCAUCCUGAAGGACAACAGCCAGCGCAGUAAGUGGCAGGUGACCGGACCAGGAGGACUGGAUAUGCUGGUGCCCUCUGUUUGCCUGAUUGUGCCACCUCCUAAUCCACUCAGCAUCAGCCUCGCCAGCAAGAACGAGCAGUACUAUGAGGCCAUCCUGUCAAUCUGGAACCAGCUGUACAUCAACGUUAAGAGUCUCGUCGCCUGGCAGUACUGUCUGCUGGAUAUCAAACGCAUCAACUCUCUUACCAUCACCAUGUUGGCCAGGAUGCGUCCUGAGGAGUACCGACAAAUUAUCAAGAGCCUUGAGACUCACUAUGAGGAGUUCAAACUGAGCAGCCACGGCUCCCAGAUGUUUGCUGAUGAGGACAAGAGGAGCAUUGAGAGCCAGUUUACUGGAGCGCAAAAUCACUACGACCAGCUGGUGGUGCAGCUGCCUACUUACAUUGCACAUCAAGAACAAAUAGGAAUCCAAGCAGUUGAGCAACCACGGCAACAUCAGCUGUUUAUAAUACAGCAGCAGCAUCAACAGGUUGCCGUUGAAGAAGAGACCAGGAGACUUGAAGAAGAAAGACAGAGAGUGGAGCUUAAAAAAAUGGUGGAAAGAAAAGCUGCUGCCGAGCAAGAGGCGAGGAGGCUUGAAGAAGAAAGACGGAGAGUGGAGCUUAAAAAAAUGGAGAAGAAAGUGGAAGUGAAGAAAGAGGUGGUGAAUAAAGAGCACGUGAUCAAGAAGGAUGUAGUGAAAGUGGUCAGGACGGAGCCGGUGAGGAGGAAGGUGUCCUCCUCCUCUGUGUCCUCAGUCUCCUCCUCGUCAUCUCACAGUCUGUCAGAGCUGCAUUCGCUCAGACUGAGGCUGGAGGCUGCCGAGAGCAUGUUGAGUCAGCACCUUCAUGUCUGUGUUGGCGAAGACGCCGUGCAUGACUGUGGCCUCAAAAUCGUUCAGUUAGAGACGGUGCAGCGUGAUGUAGAUGGGAUGCGUGACGAGUACCUAAGUUUGAGGGAGCGUAUUUUGAGGGAGCUGGAGGGCAUGACUGAUUCAGAUAAGGCGCAGUUCCUCCGCAGUGAGGUUGGAGUGAUCAACCAAAGACUGGGCAGUCUGGAAAGCAGCUCAUCAGCUUAUGUACAGAGGCUGCGGGCUCUAAGGGACAUGCUGGAGAGCGUGGCACGAGCUGAGGACAUUGUCAAAGUUCACGAAGCAAGACUGACCGAAAAAGAGACCACAUCUCUGUCUCCAAGGGAAGUGGAAGAAUAUACGUUGACCCUGAAGACUAUCAAAGCAGAGCUGGAUCAGAAGAAAGAUGUUCUGGCCUCUAUGGAGAAAGAGUUGUCCAAGGCAAGCCACUGGAACAGUCAGGUGGGAGAUCCCUUCCACAGGUGUGACAUGAUGCUAUCAAAAUACACUGAGCAGGUGGGCGUCCUGUCAGACCGCUGGAGACGAAUCCAGGGACAGAUCGACACCAGACUCCAGGAUUUGCAGUUGUAUCUGCCUCAGCUGCAGCACUACAAGCAAACCAGCUCCUCCCUUCUUGACUGGAUUGAUGACACAUCGAAAAGACAGAACGCUCUACAGUCUACCAAGAUAGAGAAUGUCCAAGCGCUUAAAGACCACAUUGCCAACCAGAAGGCUUUGAACACAGAAAUCAAGGCGAGGAGGGAGACAGUAGAGAGUGUGCUGAAGGACAAUGAGGAAUGUGUGAAUGCUAUCAAAGACUAUGAAACGGACCUCUCCUCGUACACAUCUGGUUUAGAAACUUUGCUCAAUGUCCCCUUAAAGAGGACAAUGCUGAAGUCUCCUUCAAUGGAUCUUAAUCAGGAGGCUAUACAACUGCAGACUCGUUACAUGGAACUGCUUACAAUGUCUGGUGACUACCACAAAUUCCUGGGCGAGUUGCUGAAAAACAUGGAGGAGCUGAAGAUUCGAAACACCCGCAUUGACCUGUUAGAAGAAGAACUUCGUCUCCUUAGGGAGGAUAUCCAAGACCGCAAUACCAGAAACAAAUCACUGGAGGACACUGUUGCUCGUUACCAGCUGGAGCUGUCUCAGUCGCAGGACCAGCUGCUGUCCAUGGAGGAGGUGAAGCGAAAUACGGCCCUCCAGUGCAAUGCCACCAAGGACAGCCUUGACAGUACUCAAAGCAAGCUGUCAGAGCUCAGUGAUCAGGUGGCACGUCUCCAGUACUUGCUGGACGAAGAAAAGAGGAAGAGGAAGCUAGCAGAGGAGCGCUAUAGUCAGCAGCAGGAGGAAUAUGAAUCGGUAUUGAAGAAAAGGCAGAACGAGCUGGAGACGGUCAGCUGGUCCAAGAUGGACAUCGAGAAGAGUGUGGCAAAUAAGGAUCACGAGAUUGAAAACCUGCGGCGGCAGCUGGAUGCUGAAGCUGCAAGGGUCAAGGAGCUACAGACAGAUAUAUCAAAGACAAGAGCCAUGAUGCAAUCCCUUCAGUCCCAGUACGAUGAUAUUGUGAAGGAGAGAGAUGCUCUGUUGCGGAAAUUGCAGUUGUCCGAAACGGACAGAGAUCACAUCCAAAGAUUAGAAGAGGAAAACAGUCGCCUUAAACUAUCACAAGAUUCUGAACUUCGCAAUAAGCAACGUCUACAGGAGGAGAACGAGAGGGUGAAGAGGGACUUAAGUUACUGGAAGGACCAAUGUGAUAGUAAACAGGGAAUGAUCAGGCAAUAUGACACAGACAAAGACAUACUGGAGAGGGAAAAGAAAUCUUUAAAAAGUGAGAUUGACCAGUUGAUGAGAGACCUCAAGGACGAUACAAAUAAAGGUAGGUUGUCAGCCAUCCCGAGAGAGAUGAAAGAGGUCAGUGUCAGACAAAUCAAGGAGACUGAGCUGAAGACAACUAGAGCACCCUUGGAAACUUCCACUGCAGUUUUUGAUGGAGUUCGCAAGCCAGUCACGGCAAGCCAGUUGCUUGACUGUGGUGUUUUGGACAAACCAACAUUUAGCCAGCUUAUGAAGGGACACAAGACUGUCCCUGCAGUAUCUGUUGACAAAAAAGUCAAUCUUAAAGGGACAGGCCCAAUAGCAGGGGUGGUAAUUGAAGGUCCAAAAAGCCCAGGGUCCAUGAUGAGACCACUUUGCAAAAUGACUUUCACAGAAGCUAAGAAAGAGAAUCUCGUCCCACCAGAUAGUGUUGACUUGCUACUAGAUGCUCAAGCUGCGACAGGCCACAUUAUUGACCCGAGAACUAAUCAGAAGUUGACAGUUGAAGAAGCAUGUAAUCAAGGUGUGGUUGAUGAUGAAGACAGAGAAAGGUUGCUUGCAGCAGAAGCUGCAGCUGUAGGAUAUAGUGGACCUGGCACAAGCAAACCUCUUUCAGUAUUCCAGGCCAUGGAGAAGGGGCUGAUUGACAAGACCACAACACUUCGUCUGUUACAAGCUCAGGAGUCUACGGGAGGCAUUCUAGAUCCCUUUCUCAGUGUUUUCCUUCCCAAGGACACAGCCAUUGAGCGUGAUCUAAUUGAUGAUACUGUAUGUCGUGCUUUGAGUAAGAGGCCUGAGCUGUACCUGGACCCAGAAAACGAAGAGGGUGUAACCUACAAUGCACUGAAGAGGAGAUGUAGGGUAGAUCCAGACACAGGACUCUUGCUUCUUCCCAUUCCUGAGAAGGUGGAACCCUCGAAACUUGUUUUUGAUGGUGUUCGGAAACCUGUCACAGCCAACCAGCUGCUUGAUUGUGGUGUCCUGGACAAACCAACAUUUAAAGAUCUAGAAAAGGGCAAGAAAACUGUUCCAGAGGUGUCUGUGGAUAAAAAAGUCAGUCUAAAGGGGACUGGACCCAUUGCUGGGGUUAUAGUUGAGAGUAAAGGCAAAAUGUCUUUCACACAAGCCAAGAAACAAAUGCUUCUGCCUGAUGAUAGUGCAGAUUUGCUUCUGGAAGCCCAAGCUGCUACAGGUCACAUCAUUGACCCAAGAACCAAUCAGAAGCUGACAGUAGAGGAGGCUUGCGCCACAGGGGUGGUGGAUAUUCGUGACCAAGACAAAUUAUUGGCAGCAGAGGCUGCUGCUGUUGGCUAUAAGGAUCCUACUGCAGCCAAGCCUCUCUCAGUGUUUGAGGCAAUGAAGAAGGGACAUGUUGACAAAAAGACUGCGCUCCGUCUGCUGCAGGCCCAGGAGUCUGCAGGAGGAAUUCUAGAUCCCAAUCUCAGUGUGUUCCUACCUAAAGACACAGCUAUAAAGCGCAACCUUGUGGAUGAAGACCUCUGUCGUGCACUAAGCCGUGGUCCUCAGUCUUACCUUGACCCAGACACAGAACGUGAUGCCAGCUAUGGGGCUUUAAAGAAAAGAUGCAAAACAGAGUCUGAUACAGGCCUCAUGCUUCUGACAAUCACUGAGAGGAAAGACCCUUCAAAACUGAUGUUUGAUGGUGUCCGCAAGCCAGUCUCAGCAGAACAACUGUUUGAUUGUGGGGUCCUGGACAAACCAACAGUUACUCAGCUAAUGAAGGGGGAGAAAACUGUCCCACAGGUGUCAGAGGAUAAAAAGAUUUUUCUAAAGGGGACAGGAUCAAUUGCUGGUGUGGCAGCUGGACCAUCAGGGAAAAUGUCCUUUUCAGAGGCCAAGAAAAUGAUGCUCAUGGCACCAGAAAGUGCAGAUUUGCUAUUGGAAGCUCAGGCUGCCACAGGCCACAUAAUAGAUCCCACAUCCAAUCAGAAGCUGACAGUAGAGGAAGCAUGUGCAAGGGGAGUGGUGGACAACAAGGAUCGAGACAAACUCUUGAAAGCAGAAGCUGCUGCUGUGGGCUACCGGGAGCCCAACACAGCUAAACCUCUUUCAGUGUUUGAGGCCAUGAAGAAGGGACAUGUUGACAAAAAGACUGCGCUCCGUCUGCUGCAGGCCCAGGAGUCUGCAGGAGGAAUUCUAGAUCCUAACAUCAGUGUGUUCCUUCCCAAAGACACAGCUAUAAAGCGUAACCUCAUGGAUGAAGACCUCUGUCGUGCACUAAGCCAUGGUCCUCCGUGUUACCUUGACCCAGACACAGAACGUGAUGCCAGUUAUGGGGAUUUGAAGAAAAGAUGCAAAACAGAGCCUCGCACAGGCCUGAUACUUCUGCCAAUCACUGAGAGGAAAGACCCUUCAAAACUGAUGUUUGAUGGUGUCUGCAAGCCAGUCUCAGCACAGCAGUUGUUUGAAUGUGGGGUCCUUGACAAGCCAACAUUUAACCAACUAGUGAAAGGGGAGAAAACUGUCCCAGAGGUGUCUUUGGAUAAAAAGGUAUUUCUAAAGGGGACCGGGGCAGUUGCUGGUGUUGCAGCUGGACCUUUAAAGAAAAUGUCUUUUACUGAGGCAAAAAAACUGAAAAUCAUGACGUCUAUCAGUGCUGACAUGCUCUUGGAUGCUCAGGCAGCCACAGGCCACAUCAUAGACCCCAGAACUAAUCAGAAGCUGACAGUAAAAGACGCAUGUGCCCGAGGAGUAGUGAAAAAGGAGGAUGAAUCAAGGUUAUGUGCAGCUGAAGCUGCUGCUAUAGGUUACAUGGAACCACAUACUGCCAAGCUUCUCUCCGCUGGCCAGGCCAUGAAGAAAGGAAUAAUAGACAAGGACACAGCUCUACGUGUACUUCAGGCUCAAGUGUCUGUAGGGGGUAUUUUGGACCCUGUUCUUAGUGUCUUCCUACCCAAAGACAUUGCUAAGGAAAGGGAUCUCAUCGAUGAAACCCUAUCCCAUGCCUUGAAUCAGUCUCCGGAGUGUUAUCUGGACCCAGACACCCAACAAACAACUACAUAUGUGUGUCUGAAGAAAAAAUGUAAAGUUGAUCCAAGCACAGGUCUUUUGCUUCUCCCUGAACCUAAAAAGCCAUUAACUGUUCAGGGGAUUAGGGGCCAGGUGUCAGUCACAGAUUUGGUGGAUGCAAACCUGCUGAAACAGUCUGAUGUGGAUCAAUUGAGAGAAGGAAGACUGACAAGCCAAGACAUUGAAGACCGCCUGAGCUCCUACCUGGGGGGCUCCACCUGCAUAGCAGGAGUCUAUGAUGAGGCCAGUGGUAAGGUGCUGCCAGUCUAUCAAGCGAUGAAAGAUGAACUGUUGCCACGUGGAACCACUCUAGAACUGCUUGAGGCCCAGGCUGCCUCAGGUUUUAUAAUGGAUCCUGUCAACAACCUAUACCUGACUGUUAGUGAUGCCUACCAUAGAGGACUGUUUGGGCCAGAGUUUAAGGACAAACUCCUAGAAGCAGAAAUGGCUGUGACUGGUUACAAACUGCCUGGUACAGACAAUAUACUCUCUCUCUUUCAGGCAAUAGAGAGAGGUCUAGUGGAGAGAGGUCAGGGACUUCGUCUACUUGAGGCCCAAAUUGCCAGUGGAGGUAUCAUUGAUCCUAAACAGAGCCAUCGUAUUGAUGUAAACAUAGCCCACAAGAGAGGCUACUUUGAUGAUAAAAUGAACAAGAUCCUGGCUGAUCAGGCUGCUGGUAAAAAAGGUUUCUGUGACCCUAACACAGAGGAAAAUCUAACCUAUCUGGAGCUUAAGAAACGAUGUAUAACAGACAAGAAGACUGGCCUCAUCCUUUUGCCUAUCAAUGAAAAGACAAAACAAAAAUCAACACAGAAAAACACUCUAAGAAAAAGGAGAGUGGUAAUCGUGGACCCAGAGACUAAAAAAGAGAUGACAGUGCGUGAAGCAUUUGACAAAGGGUAUAUUGACCAUGAAACCUUCGUUGAACUGUCCAUGCAGGAGUGUGAGUGGCAAGAGGUCACUAUCACUGCUCCAGAUGGUUCCACACGAAUGGUUUUCAUUGACAAGAAAACUGGAAGAGAGUAUGACAUUACUGAGCUGCUUAAAAAGAAAGUAAUCAGUGAAUCAGUUCUCCAACAGUACCGUACACAAAGCAUCACCCUUACUGCAUUUGCAGAUAUCAUUACCAAUAAGAUUGGACGUGGAUCAUCCUCAUUAUCAUCAUUGCUUUCAUCAUCAUCAGCAAUUCCAAGAUCAUCAGCUGCCACAGGCACUUCUUCAGUGACAUCUACAUCAACGUCAAGACCAUUAAUGUCGUUGGGUACGUCUUCCAUGACAUCAUCAACUACAAAAACAUCAGAAGCCUCAGUUCCAUCUUCGCUGAAAUCAUCAUCAUCAUCAUCAUCAUCAUCAUCAUCAGCUGUGUCAAGACCCUUAUCACCUACCUUUGCCAAGAUGACCACAACAAGAACUACCACGAUCACAGAGCGAGGCUCCGCAAUCAGUAGUGCUGUUCGAGACUCACCUGACUCUUUCAAGCAUAUAUCAAGCAUGUCUGUCACUUUGGCAUCCCCUGAUGAAGCAGUGGGUGAACAGGAACCGGUGGGUGCCAUUUUUGACACAGACAAUGUGGAGAAGAUAUCUAUCACAGAGGCUUUAAAUCGUGAUCUUGUGGAUUCCAUAACUGCCCAGAGACUGCUUGAGGCCCAAGCCUGCACUGGAGGAAUUGUCAAUCCUGCAAAUGGUGAUAGGCUCGGCAUCCAGGAGGCCGCACAAUUGGGCAUAAUACAUGAUGACAUGGUUACUAAGCUCAAACCUGCCCAGAAAGCCUAUAUUGGCUUUGAGGAUGUAAAAACAAGAAAGAAGAUGUCUGCUGCUCAGGCUUUGAAGGAGAUGUGGCUGCCAUAUGAGGCAGGGCAGAGAUUCAUGGAGUUUCAAGUUGUAACAGGAGGGCUUUAUGAUCCAGAAGUAGGUUGCAGAAGAACCAUAGAAGAUGCUUUGAAAAUGGGCUGGCUGGAUGGGAGAGCAGCCCAGAAACUCCAAGAUAUGAAAAACCACCCAAAGCUCCUAACAUGCCCUAAGAGCAAGCUUAAGAUAUCCUACAAAGAGGCCCUGGACAACUGCCUGGUAGAGGAAAGCACUGGGGUGAAAAUGCUCCAGGCAUCAUCUGUUUCUUCCAGAGGAAUCAGCAGUCCAUACAAUGUUGCUUCUGCCCCAGGAUCCACCACAGGUUCCAGGAGUGGCUCACGGCGAAGCUCCCGCAGGGCCAGUUUGGAUCUUGGCUCCCCCACCUCCUCAUCAACUGGUCGCUACAGUCUUACAAACGUCACCAACUUUCCCUUCUAUAAAUAAAACUAAAACAAAAAAAGGUCAUGCACAGACAUAUUUGCAAAUAAAUCACAAUUGGUUAGAAUAUUUUCAAUGCUCAAAAAAGAUUAGUGGAAAAUGUGCGUGUUUGUGCAGAGUAAUGUUCUAAAUUCUUGCAUAGUUUUAGAUUUAAGCUUAGGUGUUGUUGUGCUUAAAAAUGCUACAGUUCAAAUAAUCAGAAUAAUGAACACUACCAGGAUAUUGUUUUGAAAAUGGACAAAAAGACUAAAGGCAGGCGUGUUAAGGUGUUUGGAUUGAAGAUAAAGUUUAUGUUAAUGUAGCUGUUAGUAACCCAGAAUGGGCUUUGACAUGAUUACCAUAUUAUUUGUAUGCAUACACAUACUUUAAUUUUUAACAAAACAAAGACAACAAAAAUGUACUUUCUUGAUGCUUUUAAUAGAUAACAUAAUGGUACUUACAAAUACCUGACAUCAAAAAUAUGUUACCUGCCUGUUUUUUGUGGGGAGGGAUGCUAAAUUGGGUUGCAUUUAUGGGCUUUACUGCUGUUUUUUCCUCAAUCAGAUAAGCAUUGGUUUGCUACUGUUUAGUGCUUCCAGUUUUGUAACAGUUUUGCUACUCUCUCAAAAUAAAACCUGAGUCUUUUGCUCAUGUGUA